GCUGAUUCCGUCGCGUCUUUGGGAAGAUGCAUUCGGCUGUCUGAGACACCUUUCCUUUGAGACCAUGUUCGCGGAGCCGCUCCAUGGCGUUACUGCGCUAGGGAACUGAAAGGUGUGCCCCUAAAAAGAAAAAAGCAACAACAUUUCUCCAAGCGAUGUGACGAUGAAGAAUGGCGCUACGUCUUUGCUUGGCGAGGGGGGUUAAUAGUAUCGGUCAUGGCCACCUCCCGCGUAGAACCUUGGACUCAGGAAUACUAAUCGCCAACUGAUCCUCAACGGCGCUCCAAAGUUACGGCCGAGGGUAAGGUUUCUGGAAACCUCCUGUGUCUCUCGACGACAGUAUCCGAAUCGCCCAGGAAAAACGCCGGAGACGAGAAUCGGGAAGCCUAUUACGAUGAGGAUCCCGCCCAUCGAUGUGCUCAUCAAGUGGCCGCGGCCAAACUACAUCAACCCGGAGAACCGGGGGCCGGGGCUUCUCAUCAUUGAGAUGGUGUUUCUGGGCAUCGCCAUGAUAUGUCUCUGCCUGCGGAUGUAUAUCAGGAUCUUCAAGAUUCGGCAGACGUGGUGGGAUGACUGGCUCAUGGUCGCCGGCAUGAUAUUCUGCAUUGGCGUCACGAUUUGCGUCAUUCUCGCCACUGAGUUAUACGGUUGGAACCUGCACGUGUGGGAUGUACCACUGUCAUUGAUCAAGCAAAGCCGACAGAUCUCCAUGGCUGCGCAGACGCUCUUCCUCUUCGCUUCCGGCCUGUCAAAGCUCUCGAUUCUUGCUAGCUACCUGAGGCUCGCGGCACCGGGGACUUGGUUUCAACGGCUUACUUGGGUGACGGGUGGUCUCGUCUUCACCCUCACCUGGGUCUUUCUCAUUGUGCUCUGGACGCAGUGCAUGCCGAUAUGGCACUACUGGACCCUCUUCGCCGACUGGGGCAACUGCAUCCCCGAAUGGCCGCCUCUCGCAGGCCAAGGCAUCACAAAUGUCCUCACCGACGUCGCCGUCUACCUCCUCCCGAUGCCGACCCUCUUCCGCCUACAAAUGCCACUCUCCCAACGCAUCAGCCUCAUCGUGCUCUUCGGCCUCGGCACCAUCGUAGUCAUCGCGGGCAUCAUGCGGACGUACUGGGUGAUUCAUGUCGAGAUCCUCUACGUCGAAGACCCGUCGUACGACCUGACGUGGGACGGGUUCAAUAUCUGGGUGUGGACCGCGCUCGAGGCGAAUUUGGCGAUCGUGUGCGGGUGUGCGCCGACGCUGAGGAGGUUGUUUACGGGUGGUGGCAAGGACAAGACGCCAAAGGUGCAUAGUUCGAUUCAGACGAUUGGGAGCUCAGGGAUGAAGAGGAGGAAGAAUCGGUCGUUUGGGACGGAGCAGAGGGAGGAUGGUGAUAUUGAGGAGCAUGGGUUGACGAUGUUUGAGUCGAGGGGGACAGGCUCGGGGAAUAAGUCGGUGGAGAUUCGUGAGCAUACGCAUUCGAGUCAUUCAUGAGAAAAAAGGAGCAGAGCAUGAUAUCAUCUCCUUGGGCCUGGCAAAGCUCGUGGCC